GCCAGCAGAAAUGGACAUAUUUCACAUUUAACGUCAGUGGAGGUGGGACAUCGGUAACUACCAGUCUCGAAAUUUAGCCAGCUGGUCAACUCCGGUCAUGUACUUAGAGGACACUUUUCUAAUGAGAAACAACUUUAAUUCGACAAGGUUUUGCAUCCUGCUUUCAAUUCUGAAACUAAAGAAUGGAGAGAGUGCGCCUGGAAAAGUCGGCUACUGAAGCAGUGGAUGAAUAUUUGGAGUACAGAAGGAUUGUUGGUGACGAUGACGGAGGCACACUCUUCACUCCAGAGCAAUAUGAGGCAUACAAGAGGAAGAUGAUCCCGCAGCGGAUGAAGAACCGUCUGUUUGUCAGUUUUGGUGUUCCAGGAAGUAUUGACUGUAGACUCGUAGGUCCUGAGACGCAGUGCUUCUGCUCACACAGGUAUAAGCAGCAUAAGACAGACUUUGAGGAGGUUCCAUCUGAGCGACCUUUGACCCUCCCUUGUAAGGUAGCGGGAUGCCAAUGCAUUGCAUAUGAGUAUGUACCUCAGAACGGGUCGGUUCAGGUCCGUUGCAGGUGUAAACACUUACCAAAGGAUCACAGUGAAGCUGCAGGACACUCAUGCAAGAAGUGUCAAUGCACUGGGUUCGAGAGUCCAGCUGGAUGUGGUUGUGGACAAGCUAACAACUGUCACAAAACCCUGGUUGAGACAAAGGCAGAGAGGACAGCACGAGGUUUCCCAGUGGGGCAGGAUGUUCCUUACGCUGCUAUGGGGGGGCUGACAGGGUUCAGCUGCUUGGAUGGAUACCUGAGCUUGGGAUGUAAUGGCGCUGGUGCAGCAUCUCACUCAGACCUCUCAGAACAGACAAGGACCAAGAUUGGAAGACGAACCUGAGGAGUAUCUGAACACUGGAGUGCAGGGUUAAUGAAAUAAGCAGGGGAUUCUCAACGCACCAAGCAGCCAUCCCAGAAAUAUCAACAGAGUGCUGAAUUAAAUUCUCAAUGCUGUGUACAGAGGACACAUACACCCUCUCUUUUAAUACUUCAAUGGAUGGAUGGAUGGAUGGAUGGAUGGAUGGAUGGAUGGAUGGAUGGAUAGAUGGAUAGAUGGAUAGAUGGAUGGAUGGAUUGACCGAUAGAUAGAUAGAUAGAUAGAUAGAUAGAUAGAUAGAUAGAUAGAUGGAUGGGUGGAUGGAUGAAUAGACUGAUGGAUAGACCAAUGGAUAGAUGGAUAGAUGGAUAGAUGGAUGGAUAGAUAGAUAGAUAGAUACAUAGAUAGAUAGAUGGGUGGAUGGAUGAAUAGACUGAUAGAUAGACCAAUGGAUAGAUGGAUAGAUAGAUAGAUAGAUAGAUAGAUAGAUAGAUAGAUAGAUAGAUAGAUAGAUAGAUAGAUAGAUAGAUAGAUAGAUAGAUAGAUAGAUAGAUAGAUAGAUAGAUAGAUAGAUAGAUUUAUUUCACAGUUUCACACAGAAGGUAGUCACCCCACUUCAUUGAACUUCAUUUGGCGUCACAGACUCAUCCCCACAUGAGUCAUCCAGGUUAGCGGUCCAUUAAGGGUCUAGUUACUUCAACAACUGACUGCAUCUCUCAGCUCCCUCUCAUUCAGCUUCGAUGAUUAUGUGAAGGUUCCCAGGUCUCUCUGAUGUAUGAUGGAAUCCAUGGCAUCUGACUACGGCCUAACAGACUUCAGUGUUCCAGCCAAAACGGCGUACCAGGGGACUUGUCUCAUACACAGCACUGUGUUUUGCUGAGACACUGAUCCAAGAAUGGGAUCAGGUCUCAGGCACCAAUGAUCUCUAGGACCUUGUGUACCAGUCCAAGACCGAGCUAACUUCCCAAAAGGUACCGCCGAGUAAUGAUAGGACCAAAAAUAGCAACACAAUCACGAAGCGUUGAAUUUAGCCUUUUGAAAUCUGCAGAUUAAUGCAUCAUCUGGACUUAAUUAAUCCCAUUUCUCACGGCAGAUAUGCAGUGACGAGAAAUGAAACUAAAGCUGGCCGUUUCCGUUGAGCAGGUCCACUUUCAUCUGAGACAUAAUGCGCACAAAAUGAGAUUUACUCCCACUCGAAUGUUCAAUGUGACGAUUCAGUGACGAGCGAGCGACUCACGAUCUCAGCUGGUGUGAGAGUGACGCCGGUCACCUGUGGAAGGAUGUCAGCUGUGCCUGGAGGGGAUUCUGCGACACACCUGGGCCUCUGUGUGCUGGGGCGGAAAAGUGUGUCAUCAUUGAUAUCAAAUCUUAUCCUGAAGAAGAACAAAAAGCUUGUGACUUUGUUGUGGAUUAACCGUCUAUACAGGCGUUGUUAUAAAUAUAGGUCACAAAUAUAUAUAGGUGUUGUCUUUAGCAAGCAUUACAUUAACGGAAUUAUGCUUCGCUGCUUAGCAAAAGGAAAGUGACUACCGAGGUUUCAGUCAUGCCCAGCGGGUCUUCGAUGGCAAUAUGUAGUUCACCUUUUUCUUUACUACAGCGUGUUUUGCCUCAUGAUUUUAAAUACAGUUGAAAGAUCAGACACUAACAGCAGUUUUAACUGUAGAAGCAGCUUAUUCACCUUGUAUGAUCACAUAAUAAAGUAAGUUAUUCACUAUGUCAUUUUCUUUUAUGGCUGCAGCUGCUUACAAAAGGUGGUCCACUGCUCACCCUGAAACGGUUUCACUGUGCUCUCGUAUCACCUCAACACUGAAAACUAUGCAACCGAAACAAGAGUCGCUUGUUGAUAAAUCUCAAUGGCUAUAACAGGCAUGUAAACCUGAUUCCUUUUUAUCCAUGAGCAAGCUUUUUUAUCCACGGCGAUCGACUUGA